AUGGCCACCCUCAAUCACAAGAGAGCACUCGGUUCACGAUGCAAACGGUAUAGUCUGGAAUAUUUCAACAUUGCCAAGGCUAAAUAUAAUGCUGUUAUCGUGUCCGAAAGCUUACCUGGCUAUGGGCAACCGUGUGCUGAGAUUCCCCGCGCCUGGACAAGGUUGAAUUGGGAAUUUCUAUUGUCGACCCAUUCACAGCUAUAUCGUGGCAUCAACUAUACCAUGACCUAUCAUCUCCGAAACAACCGAAUACUCUCCAACUGCUCUUAUGCGGUUUUACUGAUCUUGUUUUCAAUGUUCGAGGGUACCAGCGCGCAGGAUGGCUUUCCCGACACUCCCUCCUUAUCACCUAGGCGACUUCAUUUUGUCAAAAAUGAGACUGGUCAGUACGUCGAGAGGAUUUGGGGUAUGUCGAUUGGAAAAUCUGAUUGCCAGGGUGCCUAUCUCAAAAUUCUCGAAAACUCGGAUGAAUACGACAAAGCGGCCUCCUCAGCUGCGACUACAGUCAUGACUCUAGUCCCUGCCAUGCUGACCUUUGCGGCGAUGCCGAUGGCGAGUAUCAGAUCACUAAACUUCAUAAACACAAGAUUAGCGCUAUUCACGAGCGCCUUGACAUUAGGCCUGACAAUGACAUACAAGAAGACAUUGAAGGAUGAGAAGAUCAUGAGUGUUCCUGAGCUAUGUAAACCCGACCAGAUACAAAAAUACGCAAAUCCUCGCCAAAUUACAGAUGAGCAUGAGCUGGCGAAACAGAUUGAGGAGUUGGGUGCACUAUACGAACAGGGCGUGGGAAACCCGAAGCUUUGCGCUCUCGCGGCCCCCACAACCGAAAAUAAGCGGUCCAUCUACAUCAGUCUAGUGAUAACAACAUCCAACGUUAUACAGAUUCUCCUGUUUGGCACUCUGGUUCGAGCUCUUCCGCAGAUCGAAUCCAUACGGUUUAUCUGGGGUUGUCCAGAGACUACAACGAUAAUAUUUAACUCUUGGUUGUCAGUAACUGCCGUACUCUCCGCCAUUAUUCGCACCAUUGCCGUUUCUUCGAUCACCAAGCACGACGAAAUACUACAUAUAUCUCCUAUAGAGAAUCAGCCCGCGGACACUACGGACACUAGGACCGCAUGCCAGAAAUGCUCGGUGAUGCGUGUCGAAGUCGCUCCUGUGAAAUCUUCUAGAGUCACGCGGGCGAUAGCGAGGAUUGGUGAGAUGGGGGGCUUUUUUUUCCGCUGCAGAAUCCCUCGUUUGUCAUUUCUCAGGAUGAACUGGCUGCAUCGCACGAUUGAUAGGCUGGGGCAACCACAUCCACGGAUAGUUGUAGUCAGAAAAGCACACCACUCCAACCGCUCAGAUGACAUUAAAACCGCUUUGGAUGGUAUGAUACAGUCCGCAUCAAUUUUGGCGCUCACCUUUAUGUUUGGAAGCAUCUGGGGGGGUUCUCUCGAGUGGACCGUAUUAUUCGUGGCCGCGUUUAUGUGCGUCAUGUGGAUAUCUAGGACAGUUAGUCUUGUUGUGGGAAGAUUUCUGGAAACAAGUACGGGAAUAACCAUGAUCACCUAUGAGUUGCCAGAGGAGAAAGCUGCGAUAAUACGAAUCUUGACGGGGAUGCCGGAAGCCAUUGUCGAAAACAAAUCCAAUAGCUCAAAGUACUGGCAUGGUCGCAAACUCAGGAAUAAAUGCGACAGUUGCCAGUUGUCAUUGGAGCACCAGUGGGAAGAUAAAACCGCCCCAGGUGUGUUCUACGGCCUUGUAUUCGCCACAAUUUCCGGGGUCGUGAUAUUCAUAUGCUUUUUGGCGGUAACCCUUCCGUUUGACGCACCGUUUAUGCCGCAUCCAUCAGAAUGGAUGGAGUACAGAGUGGCGACCUCUGUGUCUAUGACUCUUGCAAUCACAUAUGCGGUGUGUGUGGCUUUUGAGUUUAGGAGCGAUUUUAUUUCCGACCUUAUUCACUACGAAAUAAAAAACGGGAAUUUUCAUGAAAGUCCUAUACGACCAAAUACUAUACAGUCCAGAGAUAUCUCAAGGGUGUGUUUCGGUCCUAGGAUUUGCGAUAAGCUCAUGUCUAAAAGUUUCAUAUUUCUUCUAUAA